AUGGUCAUUUUUGAUUAUAAAUAUGGAAAAUCAUCCACUGGAAAUAGAAUGAAAUAUGAUAUUGGAGCAACUAAGACUGGUAUCGCACGUCUUUUUGAUGAGGAAUCUGAGAAUGCCUAUGACAUCCGACUAAAGCUAUCAAAAGACGUUAUAACAAUUCAAAAGCAAGAUGUUGUUUGUGUCAAUGGAAGUGAUUCUGAUUCAAAUCACAGAACUGUUACACUUCGCAGACAGCCUGUUGGUGGAAUGGGUCUAAGUAUUAAGGGAGGUGCUGAACAUAGUGUGCCAGUUGUCAUAUCAAAAAUCUUUAAAGAUCAAGCAGCUGACCAGACUGGGAUGUUAUUCGUUGGAGAUGCAGUGUUGCAAGUUAAUGGCAUUAAUGUUGAAAAUGCUACACAUGAGGAAGUGGUGCAUCUACUGCGAAAUGCUGGGGAUGAAGUUACUAUCACUGUUCAGUACCUCAGGGAAGCCCCUUCUUUCCUUAAGCUCCCACUAGGCUCACCAGGUCCAUCCAGCGAUCACAGCAGUGGGACAUCCUCUCCCCUAUUUGACAGUGGUUUACACUUAAACGGAACCUCUACAAAUACCGCUCCGUCAUCACCUUCUUCACCUUCAGCUAACGAACCAAAAUAUGAGAAGCGUUGGUUAGAUGCCUUAUCAAUCCCUUUGUCAAUGGCUCGAGUCUCAAGAUACAGAGCUGGACCAGAUCAAUUAAGGCCUAACACUUUUGAGGUUGUUGCACUGGAUGGAGUAAGCUCUGGGAUCUUCCAAUUCUACACUGCCCAAGAGAGUGCUGACUGGCUACGAGCAAUAUCAACCAACAUCAAUGACUUGACCCUGCAAAAUAUGAAAAUGGCGAAUAAAUGCUGUUCCCCAAAUGACCAGAUAAUUCACAUGGGGUGGGUGAGUGAGAGGCUACUGGGAUCUGAUUCCAAUCAGCUUUACAAGUGCAAGUUUCUGGGACUGAAAGGCUCAUCGCUUCACAUUUUCAAUACUCCACCGGUCAGCAUUCGUGACUGGUUAUGGGCUGAAAAGAUCUACAACCUCUGCGAGAUUCUUUGUAAAGUUCAUAAGCUCUGGCUUGCUGAUGAAUGCUGGCUGCAAGCAAACUUAUAUUUAGGUCUUCAUCAGGACUGCGAACUUCAAGACCAGAGGCCCUAUGGCUUCAGUAUCCUGGCUGGUCAAGGCGAGAAUCAUUAUUUCUGUGUAGAGAUGGGGAGCGAGCUUGCAGUAUGGGAGAAAACCUUCCAGAGAGCAGUUUUCAUGGAUGUGCAGAGAACAGGGUCUAAGACGUAUGGAUGCACUUGGCAAGGACAAGCACUUUCCUUCACAAUAGACUUUGCUUCUGGAUUUACCUGUGUUGAUAAUAAUACAAAGGAUAUUAUCUGGAGAUUCAAGUUCUCACAGCUCAAAGGAUCUUCUGAUGAUGGAAAAACAUGUGUGAAAUUGCUGUUUCAGAACACAGAUACCAGGCAGAUUGACAUGAAGGAGCUGGAAUUUCCUGAUCUGACUGCAGUUUUGCACUGCAUACACUCAUUCAUAGCAGCUAAGGUGGCAGCAGUGGAUCCACUGUUUGUGGACAGCCAGAGUGUUGCACGGAAGUACAUGUACAGCAGCUGAGGAUGGGAUUGCAGCCACUGGAUAUGUAUUGUA